AUAUAAAUUAAACUUAUGAAAUUUUUGAAACUCCAUCAAGAGAAAAUCAUGAAACUCCAUUAUUUCAUCUUAUUCUAUGUUGCAGCAACAAUAUUAUCAAGUCUCUCUCACUUUGCACAAUCAGAAAAUGAUGGUUUUAGCAUUGAACUCAUUCACCCUGACUCACCAAAAUCACCAUUCUACAACCCUGCCUUAAAUCAAAGGCAACUAAUGAAAAACGCGUUAAAACGUUCCAUCAAUCGGGCAAAUUACUUAUUGUCAAAUUCUCAACUAUCAACUUUGAUAAUUCCUGAUAUUAAGGGAUUAUAUCUUACAAAAAUUUCAAUUGGAACGAAACCAAGGAACAAACUAGCUGUCGUUGACACCGGUAGUGAUCUUAUAUGGAUACAAUGUGAGCCUUGUAUCCAUUGCUACAAGCAAAAAACUCCGAUUUUUAAUCCAAAAGAUUCUUCUACAUACAAAUCAAUUUCUUGCAACUCGACUCGAUGCAAGAAUCUUCCUGGAAGCUCUUGCGACCCCAAGAAAAAGACAUGUUUAUAUUUUGCUGGUUAUAACGAUCAGUCGUUCAGUUCUGGUGUUCUGGUGAGUGAGACAUUCACAUUCGACGAUGCAACAAAUAUUACUCGUCGAAGGAGAUUGUCCGUUUCUAACAUAACUUUUGGUUGUGGAAGGAGAAAUUUUCUCGCUAUAGGUGAUGUUGAACCAACUGGAAUUAUUGGUCUUGGGGCUUCACCUUUUUCACUUGUGUCCCAAAUUAAAUCAAAAUUUGGCCAUAGAUUUUCACACUGUUUAGUCCCAUUGAACCAAGUGAAUGUGUCUAGCAGAUUGAAUUUUGGAAAAAAAGCUUUGCUUUCUUCAGGUAAGCAUGUGGUUUCAACCCCAUUAUUUAUAAAACCUCCAAAAGCUUAUUAUUUCUUGAAAUUAUUAGGAAUUACCAUUGGGAAUAAAACACUUAGGUUUAAUAAUAACUCAACAAAAAAUCUUCACGAGGGGAACAUUGCGAUAGACUCAGGGACCACAAUUACAUUUUUACCAACACAUUUAUAUUCAAAGAUGAAAAAGACAAUAAAGAGCGAAAUAAAUUUGAAGCCUUUAAAAGGCAGUGCAACUCAAUUCUUCAAGUUGUGUUACAGAGGGUUGCGUGUUUCAGAUGUUCCAUUGAUAAGGUUUCAAUUUCAAGAUGCAGAGGUGAAGCUGAAUGCGAUAAAUAGUUUUAUUAGUAUCGGAGAUGGAGUUGUUUGUCUUGCUUUUGCCCCAACUAAAAAUUUGCCUAUAUUUGGCAAUGUAGCACAAACUAAUUUCUUUGUUGCCUAUGAUCUUGACAAGAUGAAAGUUUCUUUUAAACCCAAAAAUUGUGCCAAAUUGUGACGAGGUGUAUAUGUAUCAUGUGGAAGUUCGAUAUCUAAAGUAUGUUAUUUGAGCGUCAAAUAUUGAUAUGUUA